AGAGGUAGGCGUGGCUGUGCUUCCAGAGAGUUCGGGGAUGGCUGUGAGUGACCGUGUAUCGCCGAGUGACGCGGGUUUUUGGUGACAGUGACAGGGGAGGCGAAGCCGGGCAGAGGGGUCUGGAACAGGACGAGCAGCAAUGGGGAAGGAGACCCGGUACUAUGACCUACUAGGGGUGCGACCGACCGCGUCGAGCGAUGAGAUAAAGCGUGGCUUCCGACGCAUGGCCUUGAAGUAUCAUCCAGACAAGAACCCCGAUGCAGGCGAGAAGUUUAAGCAGAUUUCCAAGGCGUACGAGGUGCUCGCCGAUAACCAGAAACGAGCUUUGUACGACCGGGGAGGGGAAUCUGCGGUGAAACCUGGCUCUGCCGGAGGAGGAUGCCCUAAUUCAGCCAUGCCCAGCGUAUUCGACCUGGUCUUUGGGCGACGAGCCAGGGCGUACUCGCAAAGCGGAAGGAGAGGAAAAACGGUUGCUCACCAUCUCCCUGUAUCUCUGGAGGAUUUGUGUAACGGAACAACAAGAAAGCUUUCACUUCAAAAGAACAUCAUUUGCCCAAAGUGCAAAGGUUGUGGAGCCCGGCAAGGAGCCGUUGACAAGUGUGCCAAGUGCCACGGGAUUGGUGUGGAGGAACAAAUCUUUGAACAUUUACCCGGAGUGGUUCACUCAAUACGAACUGUUUGUACGGAGUGCCAGGGACAAGGCGAGUGUGUCAAACCACAGGACCUCUGCCAUGUGUGCAACGGCAGGAAGGUGACUAGACAGAAGAAGAUCUUGACCGUGCACAUAGACAAAGGUAUGAAGGGUGGACAGAAAAUCAUAUUUCAUGGUGAGGGUGACCAGGCUCCUGGAUUAGAACCCGGUGAUGUAGUUAUUGUUUUGGAGCAAAAGGCACACCCAGUCUUCCAACGUAAAGGUCACAAUCUGAUCAUGAAACUGGAGAUUGAGCUGGCGGAUGCUCUCUGCGGGUGCAAACAGAGGAUUCGGACCCUGGACGGCAGGACCUUGCUGGUCGCAUCUCAGCCAGGUUAUGUCAUCAAGCCUGGAGACGUUAAAUAUAUUCUCAACGAGGGGAUGCCCGUAUACCGAAGUCCAUUCGAAAAAGGAAACCUCAUUAUACAGUUUCAGGUGAGGUUUCCAGAACCCGGCUGGAUUCCCAUGGAAAAUCUGCAACAGUUACAUACAUUAUUUCCGUCCCCAACUGAGCCAAUCACAAAUAAGGUUCCAGAAGAAGUCUCUCUGUCAGACUUUAACCCGCAUGAAAACCAGAAGCAGCGGUGUAGGCGAGAAGUCUACGAUGAAGAUGAAGAAGACCAGCCUUGGUCACAGGUCCAAUGUCAAACCUCUUAAUCCAAACAACUUUCCUUUUUUUUUUUUUUUUU